AUGUACGUAGAGUUCAUGCAAAAGUACAAGGAACUGCGACAUAUGAUGCUUGCACCAGCGCCAGCUGAGCCACAACGAGGUACCUGUUACCUGCCGCAUCACGGGGUCCUGCGUCCGGACAGCACUUCCACUAAGCUGAGGGUCGUGUUCAACGGCUCGAGCUCUUUGCCGAACGGGGACUCUCUCAACCAAUAUCUUCUGACUGGACCGAAUCUGCUUCCUGCGCUGGCUGACAUCCUGCUGCGUUGGCGACGCCACAGAUACGUCUUCGCUGCCGAUAUCGAAAAGAUGUAUCGGCAGAUCCUAGUGCAUCCGGACGAUCGAAACCUGCAGCGAAUCCUGUGGAGAGACGACUCUAAGAACGACGUCCAGGAGUUCUGGCUAUGCACGGUCACUUACGGGCUCUCAUGCGCCCCGUAUCUGGCCAUCCGUACCUUACGCCAACUCGCCGAGGACGAAGAGCAUCGCUUUCCGAAAGGCGCCGACAUCCUGCGGAGCGAUAUCUACAUGGAUGACAUCCUGUCCGGUGCCGAGAAUCUAGAGGAAGCAGAAUCUAUGGUGAGGCAGCUGACAAAUAUAUGCACGGCGGGCGGGUUCACACUAAAAAAGUGGUCUACAAACGCCUCCUACCUGCUGAGCCUCGUGGAACCGGACGCGCGCCUGCAACAAGAGGCCAGAUGGUGGCUGCCCGGCGAGAGUCAUUCCACUCUCGGCCUUCGAUGGCAACCGUGCGACGACCGCUUCGCCUUCGCCACCCACCGGAUCACUCUCUCAGCGGUCACCAAAAGGUCGAUCCUUUCUUUGACGGCCAAAUUAUUCGAUCCACUUGGCUGGCUGUCUCCAACGACUGUGCUGGCAAAAAUCAACAUCCAGGCUACCUGGCUACUAGGUCUCGACUGGGACGCGUCUCUGCCAAGCGAGGAAGCCAGAAAAUGGCUGCGAUUCCAGGAGGAGCUAGCGGCAUUGGAGAAACUAGUCGUGCCUCGUUGGUUAGGAGCCCUAGCUGACUCCCAUCAAGAGGUUCACGGAUUUGCCGAUACCUCCGAACGUGCCUACGCCGCAGUCAUCUACCUGCGAACAAACACAAACGGAGUUAGGAGAGUGACUUUAUUAGCUGCGAAGACCAAGGUAGCUCCUUUGAAACAGAUCUCAUUACCGAGGUUAGAGUUAGCUGCCGCCACUCUUCUAGCUCGAUUGGUCGCCCACGUCGUGCCUCUUAUUGGCGCAGAAAAGGCGCCUCUCCAUCUGUGGUCGGAUUCCACCGUGACUCUCGGCUGGAUCCGGGUCCACCCUUCGUCCUGGGUCACUUACGUCGCUAAUCGGGUGAGUGAGAUCCAGACGCUGACUCCGGACGCCCACUGGCACCACGUCCCCGGCCGAGAGAAUCCCGCGGACUGCGCGUCACGAGGACUCUACCCCAGCGAGCUUGUGGACCAUUCACUAUGGUGGCAAGGUCCGUCGUGGCUGUCCUCCGAGAGCCAACCGUGGACGAUCAACAGCGAGGAGCCACCAGAGGAUGACCUCCCAGAGAGGCGCGUCCGCGCCCACGUCGCCGCCAUCGCCGAACAAAGGACUGAGCCGGAGAUGCUUCUUAGAUACUCGUCGCUACAACGCCUGCUCCGGAUCACUGCGUGGUGCCGUCGCUGGCUGCGGAUCCAUCGUCAGGACCACCUCGAGCAUGGCCAGCCCGGCUUGAUCAGCGCCGACGAGAUCGAGGACUCCCGGAUCUCCUGGUUAAAAAUCAUCCAGGCUGAAACAUACAAAGAAGAACUGAGACACCUAAAGAAUGGAAAGCCGCUGCCGACUCGAAGCUCCCUACUGAAGCUAAGUCCUUUUCUGGACAGUGAGGGACUCCUACGCGUCGGCGGGCGCCUUAAACACGCUGCUCUACAGUAUGAUGCCACGCAUCCAACCAUACUCCCAAGCAGAUCUAAUUUUACUUGCCUCAUCAUCGACGACACAAGCGGACGCUGCACGGCGGCACCCAGUUGA